UGUCAUAUCGUAUUAUAUCAAGCAGCGGAAACAACUAGCAGGCAGUAGUUAAGCCGGCUUAAUUAAAAAAGUUUAUAGUCUUUUAAUUGAAUUCGAAUUUAAAAUGACACCAUCAAAGCUGUUAAAAGAUGCAGUUAACAUUUUAAAGUUAAAUUCUCAAAUUAUUGAAAGCAUAAGUAAUCAGGUAUUAUGCAUGAAAUAUUCCUACGUGGAAGUGAACUUCAAUACAAGCGCUGGAGAACAACUGCGAUGUUUUAUUCCAUCAGCAUUAUAUAUUGGACAACAAACUCAAAGAAAAAAUUUUAUUGGUUGUAGCAAAGAAGAAGAAGCUUCUGUGUAUCAAUGGUUAGAGUAUUGUUUACUCAAUUCUAGUCACAUGAGUAACCAAGAGAUUUUGUCUGAACUUAACCUAAAUCUGAAGGAUAGUGUAUAUCUGGCUCGAAACAAUUUUACUAUUGCGGAUCUGCUAAUAUAUCUGAGUCUUCAUGAAGUUUAUUCAAAACUGACGUUCCAAGAAAAAGAAGUAUAUUCAAACCUAUCCAGAUGGUUUCGACAGGUUCAAAAUGAAACGAGUUCUUCUGAUCUGUACCCCAAAAUAGUUUUUACUAAAACAAAGCUUUACACUUAAUUAUACUGUUCAUUUUUAUGUAUUUAUUUAAGCCUGACUGUGUUAUUAAAAAAAAUUUCAUUUAAA